GAAAUUGAGUUUCAAGAGGCCGUGGUAAUCAUGGAUCUAGAGGCCGUGAUAGAGGUCGUGGUAAAGGUCGUAAUGGAAGUCAUGGUAGAGGUUAUCAUGAUAAAGAUCAUAAUGGUAAACUAA